AUGGAUUUCGAAACAAAUGAAGAUCAAAAUGGGAUCAGGUUUGCUUGGAACGUGUUUCCCACUUCAAAGACUGAAGCUACCAAAAAUGUGGUUCCAGUUAGUUGCUUAUACACUCCAUUAAAAGAGAUUGAAGAUUUAAAUGUUGUGGAUUACAAUCCAGUCGUUUGUUCAGGUCCACAUUGUAAGUCCAUUUUGAACCCUUAUUGUGCAAUUGAUCCGAGAAAUAAUUCUUGGGCUUGUCCAAUUUGCAAUACAUCAAAUCAUUUACCAAAUCAAUAUAUGAAUAUGACUCAAGAGAAUAUGCCUGCUGAAUUACAAGCAACGACCAUCGAAUAUAUCACCAAUAAACCAGUUCAAAUUCCACCAAUCUAUUUUUUCGUUGUUGAUAUAACUGCAGAACCUGAAAACUUGCAAUCCUUGAAAGAAUCUUUAGUUACCUCUUUAUCAUUAUUGCCACAGAAUGCUUUGGUGGGUCUUAUUACUUAUGGUAGCGUAAUUCUUCUACAUGAUCUAUCAAGUGAAAUUAUUCAGAGAAGUAAUGUUUUCCGUGGGGAUAGAGAAUAUCAAUUAAAAGAGAUCGUUGAAAUGUUAACAGGUCAAAAAUUAACUUCAACAAUUGCAAAUAGUCAAGUCAAUAAAGUCACACCACAUUCAUUAAAUAGAUUUUUCUUACCCCUAGAGCAAGUUGAAUUUAAAUUAACCGAAUUAUUGGAAAACUUAACUACUGAUGAAUGGCAUAUCCCACCGGGUCAUAGACCAGUAAGAGCUACUGGCCAAGCUUUAAAUAUUGCUUCCUUAGUGUUGGAAAGUUGUUACAAGAACUUUGCUGCAAGAAUCAUUCUAUUUUCUUCUGGUCCAGCUACUAUUGGACCAGGUUUAGUUGUCACUACUGAAUUGAAAGAUCCAUUGAGAUCUCAUAAUGAUAUUGAUAAUGAUCAUGCUCUUCACUUCAAAAAAGCUAGCAAAUUUUAUAAUCACCUUGCAGAACGAAUUGCCGAUAACGGUCACACUGUAGAUAUUUUUGCCGGUUGUUAUGAUCAAAUUGGUAUGCUGGAAAUGCAACAUUUGACAGAUCUAACAGGUGGUAUCUUAUUAUUGACUGAUGCCUUUUCAACUGCUAUCUUCAAACAAUCCUAUUUGAGAAUGUACUCUAAGGAUGAUGAUGGUUAUUUAACAAUGGCAUUCAAUGGUAAUAUUGCUGUUAAAACUAGCAAAGAAUUAAAAUUACAAGGCAUGAUCGGUCAUACAUCAUCAGUUAAAAAGGCAGACAAUCAUAAUGUUAGUGAUUCUGAAAUCGGUGUUGGUGGUACUUCUACUUGGAAAAUGUCAGCAUUUACUCCACAACAUACUUAUGCAUUCUUUUUUGAAUUAACUAAUAAUGCUGCUUCAGGUGCUAGUAUGAAUUCUUCAUCACCACGCUUAGCUUAUACUCAAUUUGUUACUAAUUAUCAACAUGCUUCUGGCUCCAAUCGUGUUAGAGUAACUACAGUUGCAAAUCAAUUAUUACCAUUUGGUUCACCAGCUAUUAGUGCUUCAUUUGAUCAAGAAGCAGCUGCGGUAUUAAUGGCCAGAAUUGCCGUUCAUAAGGCAGAAUCAGAUGAUGGUGCAGACAUCAUUAGAUGGAUUGAUAGAACUUUGAUCAAAUUAUGUCAGAAGUAUGCCGAUUAUAAUAAGGACGAUCCAUCCUCAUUUAGAUUAGCACCAAAUUUCUCAUUAUACCCACAAUUCGCAUAUUAUUUAAGAAGAUCCCAAUUUUUAAGUGUUUUUAAUAACUCACCAGAUGAAACUGCGUUUUAUAGACAUAUCUUUACCAGAGAAGACACUACCAACUCGUUGAUUAUGAUCCAACCAACAUUGACAUCAUUCUCCAUGGAAGAAGAAGCUCAACCAGUAUUAUUGGAUUCUAUUUCUGUGAAACCAAAUACAAUCUUAUUAUUAGACACAUUUUUCUUCAUUUUAAUUUACCAUGGUGAACAAAUUGCUCAAUGGAGAAAGGCUGGCUACCAAGAUGAUCCCCAAUAUUCUGAUUUCAAAGCUUUAUUGGAAGAGCCUAAAUUAGAAGCUGCUGAAUUACUAGUGGAUAGAUUUCCAUUACCAAGAUUUAUCGAUACUGAAGCUGGUGGAUCUCAAGCAAGAUUUUUAUUAUCUAAAUUAAAUCCAUCAGAUAGUUACCAAGAUGCAGCACAUGGUGGUUCCACCAUUGUUUUGACAGAUGAUGUUUCAUUACAAAAUUUCAUGACACAUUUACAAACAGUCUCUGUUAGUGGUCAGCAAUAG